UAUGAUCUUCAUCAUCAGAACAUACUGUAUAGCUUCAUAUAACAUUCAAGAUGUUUUAAAUGAGUGCAGUGGACAAGGACCCUGUAACAAAAAAUGGUUAAAUUUAUACUAAAUAAUAAUUUAUACUAGCAGUUGUUUCGUGACGAAGAGUUUGUUCCACUGGGGAAAUGACGUUAGCCGUGGACGCAAGUCAUUAAUUCAAGGGUACACGAAUUAUCAAGCUUUUACCCCUGAUAAAACUGGUGUGCGAGAAGUCUUUAUUAUUUUUCAUUUGGAUAUUUGAAAGAAGAAUUCAGUUUUCCGCAACUUUUUGAAGAACAAAGCGGGGAUUUACGAGACGUUCGCGAAGGCAGCAGGGUUAUUAGUUAUUUCGUAUUACAAAAUGACGGAUCCGACAACGUCGCCAGAGGACCACUGGAAAACAGACGGUGCUUUCAGUGACAGUGGCUUUGACCCUAGUUUCUUUGCUGAAACUGCCAGAAAGGGUACAGUUGUGUCCAGGGCCAACAGCAUUGGCUCAACAAGUGCCUCUUCAGUCCCAAAUACAGAUGAUGAAGACAGUGACUACAGACAUGAGACGUCAUAUAAGGACUCGUAUAAAGAUCGACGGAGACAAGCGCACACACAGGCUGAGCAGAAGCGUAGGGAUGCUAUCAAGAAAGGCUACGAUGACCUCCAGUCCAUAGUACCAACCUGCCAGCAGCAGUCUGAGUUUGCAGUGGGAGCACAGAAAAUCAGCAAAGCUACUGUGCUGCAGAAAACAAUUGACUACAUCCAUUUUCUUCAUAAAGAAAAGAAGAAGCAAGAGGAGGAAGUUUCUGUACUACGGAAAGAAGUGAUGGCGCUGAAGAUCAUGAAAACGAACUAUGAGCACAUAGUGAAGGCCCACCAGAACAACCCACAGCAGGGAGAGGAUCAGGUGUCUGACCAGGUCAAGUUCAACAUCUUUCAGAGCAUCAUGGACUCCCUGUUCCAGUCUUUCAGCAAUUCUGUUUCAGUGAGCAGCUUCCAAGAACUCUCCGCCUGCGUUUUCAGCUGGAUUGAGGAGCACUGCAAGCCACAGACGCUGAGGGAGUUUGUCAUUGGGGUGCUCCGGCAGCUCAGUGGUCAGCUUUAUUGAUCGAGCAAAAGCUCUGGACUGAACUCCUAGAAAUUGACUUUGGGCUUGCUCUGGCCUCUCAGGGUGGAGUGAAAGCUCCAAUCAGGCUCAGGCCAUACCACAGUAUUUACACUAACUUCAGCUCAUCAGUGACUCCCUGGCUGCAAUUGGAUUAUGUCAACCCAUAUUAUGGGCAGAGAUGAAAAGUUUCAUUGGAUUGAGCAGUUACAUGUUUAAGAAGGAUCUUUCUGAUUUUAAGUGUACAUCCAUACAGAUAGCUGAGUAUAUUUCAGCCUCUGCUGACUUCACAUUUCUUACUCUUGUUAUGCUAAGAAAUGCAGGGGGAAAACAAGCGCUCAUAAGUAAAAAUAAGAGUUUUCAAAUGAAUGUGUAUGUUAAAUACAUCAGGUAGACGAGAGAGUGUAGAAAACCAAUACGACUCUUACAUAUUGAAUUUAUUGAUCUUAUUGCUUCAGCAACAAUCAACCUAACUGACAGAGAUAGAGAGAAGGGUGAUGAAAAACAUGAUGAAAAACUCAUGAGCCCACACCUUCCCCUCCGUUACGUCAAGCAUAACUCUGCAGCCUAAUGCUGAUCCAAAGGGCUCUUCUCAGCUUAAGCGCACAAACAUUGUUAGUCAGCCAUACCAUUCCUGAACUGUUGCAGAUAAUGGAAAAUACUCUACAACUAUAUUACUGCAGGCUGUCAUUUCUCCUAACAAUCAUGCUUCAGGAUUUUAUCACUGAGGUUUGAUUAAAACCGACUUUUCUACCUUUUAGUGUGAUACAAUGUGACGUUUUAAUUAAUACAGCUGUCACAGUUCGCUGAAAUCUCAUGGGUGACAGGUGUUAUAAGCUAUAAGAUUUAUGAAUCAUUGUUUAUAUAUAUUGACAAACUAUAAUUGAGCUACACGGCACAUUGUCUUAAAUGUUAAAUACAGGCAGUUAUUCAGUUGCAGUUAUACAUGUUGUGUUUAUUUGGGAAACAAUGUUAAAUACAAAGUGUUGAUUUAAUGAACCUUUCAGAUUGCAGUUUACUCUACAAUAAGCAUUUUUUUUAAUUAAAUGACUUAAAUUUUAGUGGUUUCAAUGUCAGUAUGACAAAUUCUGUUUACUUUGGCUGUCAGUGGAUUUUAUGAUCUAUAACAGUUCAUUCAAAACAGUCAGCAAUAGUCAGCAGCACUUGGAAAAUGUUCUGAUUGUUCAGGACUGCUCCUUCUUGAAAACCAUCACUGAACCCUCCACCAGUCACAGGUUCCCACGGCUGCUGUACUGAAUUAAAGUCUUUUAUACUUUGAUUUUUAAGCAUGAUAUAAAGCUAAUUUUCAUGAUGACUGACAGUUUUGUUUCUAGUAUAUGCGUAAGUAAAAUCUGUCAUACACAUGGCUAAUCUGUUUGCUAAGAAAAGAGUGGCUUUACUAUUGUUACUUUGAUCACAGGGAAAUAUUGAUGUUUGACCCCUUCUUGUUGCUUCAUGUAUUUUCUUUUGACAGUUUUUCUACUGUAUAUCACAAUCCAAAGAGUGACAUCAACAUAUGUAAAGAAAUAUACUGAAUGUUCAUCCUGUUUAAUUUGCCCCAAGUAAAAUGGAAAUUAAGUGUGUAAGACAACAGCAGGACAAAUCAUAUAGCUGGGUAGGGGUCCCCAUCUCUGCAGCUAAUGAACCUGUAAAAUCUCUUUAAUGUCUCAAGAUGGUUGAGAAAGACGAAUUUGGUUAUUUUCAGCAACAAACGUUACUUUCAUGAACAUUUAAUAACUUGGCAGCAAUACUGAGUGAAAAAAACGGUACAAAGGAUGAUUAAAAAAGGAAAGGGAAAAAUGGCACAACCCCCCCCUAUAAUACCUGAAGGUCAUGAAUAAUCGCCCAUGCUUACAUACGCCCAUACACAUUGUGGUUCUUUUGUGUACAGUUUUCAAAGAAAAUGGCAGCAAGGUGGACUUGAACAUGUAACAAGAACAACAAAGAAAGUACAGCUCUCCAAGCUAUAAUGAAUAAUCUGUUGACAUUUCCAUUAUAGGCCCAGGAUUGGUUUUAUGGCUUUAAAAAGGGAAAAAAUAAAUCAAUGUUUCCUAUGAGGUGACAAACAUCCCUUAGUGCUGUCUAAUGAUGUGAUGUAGUGUAUUGUGUUUUUGUAUAAAUAUACUUUCAAUUACAAAUGUUUUUUCCAUUCAACUUUUAUUAAAGAUGUGUUAUUUGUUCAAAA